AUGAAUCACAACAAUUAUCACCACUCCCAUCACCCCCACCACCAUCAGCAGCAGCAAUACAAUAAUAAUAAUAACCACACCUACUAUCAUCACCAGCCACAGCAGCAGCAGCAGCAGAAUAAUAGUCACCACCUUCGCCCUCCUCAUCACCAUCAGCUGCUUCCCCCACAGCAGCAACAGCAUCAGUCACUGUACCACCAUGAUUCGCCGGAAACUACCAACACCAACAAGCGCAGCAACAUUGACAUUGAGGCGGAGAUGAACAGGUUCGAGAGUGAACUCUUAUCAGUGUCACCUAAUAUUCUAUCAUCGUCAUCGACAGUAGGUAGUGGUGGCGGCGGUAAUGGACCUCCGCCGGCGGCCAACCAGUCGGUCGUCAAGCCGGCGAUGCACUUUAUUCCCCACCAGAUUCAGCGGCAGCUGCCGCAGCAGAGUCGACCGACGAGCCAGGCCACCUUUGUGCCGGCGACGACGCACACCAGCGGUGGUCAUCCGAGUAGUACCAUCAUCGGCGGCGGCCCUAGCAUGAAUCCCAUCGGACAGGGUGGACAGCAUCAGCAACAGCAGCAGUCUCAGCAGUCGCACCAGAACGUCAACUACACGGUGACGCCGAUGCAGGUGCCCAGCGUUGUCCAUGGCCUCCCCGCGGGCUCUUCAACUUCAGGUGCCGGUGGCAGCGGAGGUGGAAAGAGCGGCGGAAAGUCAAAGAGCAGUGAUAAGGGAAAGAAGGCGAAGAAGGCGCUCCGCAUCGCCGGCGGCCAGGUCUGGGAGGACCCGACGCUGAACGAGUGGGACCCGAAUGACUUUCGCAUCUUCUGCGGCGACCUGGGCAAUGACGUCUCCGAUGACGUCCUGGCGCGGGCCUUCAACCGCUUCGGCUCCUUCGUCAAGGCGAAGGUGGUGCGCGACAAGCGCACCAACAAGAGCCGCGGCUACGGCUUUGUCAGCUUCAAGAAUCCGCAGGAGUUUGCCCGCGCCAUCAAGGAGAUGAACGGCAAGUACGUGGGCAGUCGGCCGAUCAAGCUGCGGAAGUCCAACUGGAAGGACCGCAACCUGGAGGUGGUGAAGAAGAAGUACAAGGCGAAGGCGAAGCUCG